GCAACAUCGCCCUCUUCAGCUCCGGACAUCUAAUGACAUGUCUGCUUUAGUCAGCGACAACCAAGCAGCCAGCCGGAGGAGUCAGACAGACAGUGGUUUCUCUGGGUCUGCCUGAGCCUGAGCCUGAGCCUGAGCCUGUGUGGUGCUACUAGCCAGCCAGCCAGCCAGCCAGCCAGCAACAACCAGCCAGCCGCCUGAAUGUAGAUCCGCAUGGGCUGCUACUACUCCUCUUUCUCUCCAGAUAACCCAGCAGGAAUCACAAGAUAAGGAUCCCAGGAUGGUCUUAGUGCAUGUCGGAUAUCUGGUUCUUCCUGUAUUCGGCUCAGUGAGAAACAGAGUAUGGAGGCUGGCUCUACAUUCUGCAUUUAUCAGAUCUUUGUCGUCCCCCCCAUUGUGUAGCUAAUGAUCAUCUGCUGCUGUGUGGUGUGGCGUGGCCUCUGCCUGUUCUCUGCAUUUAGCUGUAUUGUGAAUCCCUUCUUCAUUUCCUCUUUCCAUCAGAAGACGACAUUGGUAUUAAAAAAGCACCCCCCCCCCCCUCCCCAAGAUGUAUUCAGCCAUAGACUUUCCAUGUUAAGCAAGACUAAAACAAUAGCUAACACCUAGAAACAGAGCACCUUUUUUGUCUUUUUUCUGUCAAAUUGCUGUAGCACUGAGUGAACAUUUUAGCUCCUUUUUUAGAUAUCAGUUGAAUGUCAUUGUGUACCUCCCAUCCAGUCUUUGAUAGACAACAUGCUGUAAAUUCCUGUAAAGUGGAUACAUUUUGCAUGAUCUUAAAUACCGCACUGCAUUGUUGAACACCAGAAUUUGGCUCAUCUUCCUUCUCUUUCACACAAGGUGCAAUGUACAUGAUUAAAGUGACCUCUAAUUAAAACAAGAAAAACAUGCAAAUUGGAACCAUAUGCAUGGCAUUUUUCAUUUUUAAAACUUCCAGCAAAUGCUGUCAUGUGAUCACUUGAAAUGAUUGAAGGUACACUGCACCUGCACACAACAACCUGCCAUAACUGUCUCCAUUUUUGUGUAAUCCUUUUGUUCCCUUUGCAAAUUCUCAAGCUUCGAAUCACACUGAAUUGUCAGGGCUGUUUGCCCCUUACGGGCAACCUCUAAACAUUUACGGAAGCAAAACAUGCUCACUGGUGGUUCAUCACUUCCCAAUUUUCCCCACUAACAUAAGGCCAAAAUGCUAUCCAUUUCACAGGGAUGCCUAUUUUCCUGCACUGCUAAAGAGAUCCUCUAUUAGUAAUAACGUCUUUUAUUGUUUGGUUGUGGUCUCUCUUUACCUUUUGUUCUGGUAAUAGUACUUUCAAUGCAUGGUCACAUUUAUGAUUCAUAAUUUUUUGUUUUCUGUUUUUCUACAUUGACUAGUGAAAAUCCAAUGUAAUCUUUCUGUAGUAAAGAUGUACCCUGCUGUACUGAAAUCAUGUGCUGUAGCCAACACGUCUGCUCAUUGGAUGCCGCUUUUGUUCUUUUUAACCCUAUAUGGAGCAUGGUGGGCCUUGCCUUCAGUCUAUGUUGUUUAUUUUUGUUGCAUGGAUUUAUACUAUUAUUACAAACAAACAAGAAAAAAAAACACAAAUUCCACAUAUACUAAUAUUUUUCAAUAAAGAAUAUAGUGUUUUUCCUAACCUUCAGUGUGCUUCUUGCUGAUUUCCAUUUAUUGUCCUCCCUCUCCCUUGUCCCUACCUGCCCCCCUCCACCCCCCUCCCCACCUCCUCUCCCGCUGUGACAAAGAUAGACAAUUUCCACGCUUCCUCCAUCACAGGGCCUGAAUGAGUCUAUCUGCUGUCAUUCAUGGUGAUCGUUUUCACUGAGACGCUUGAAAACGCAGUGUGCUACUUUUACAGUCUAGCCUUGAGCCUUUGACCCACGGCAGCAAGGUCAUCUGUUGUCUGCCCGGCAACACUGGCGACCUGUAAAUAUUGCUGGAAGGUCAUACUGCCUAUCUUUGCUGGGUGUGUUUUAAAAUCAUACUGCGUUUUUCAAGCGUACUCCUAGUAAAUGCAAUGUAGACUUUGCCUAUUUCCUCAUGAUUUUUAAAAAAUAUAAUUCACUGUUUACGCCAGAUUUCGUCGUCUCUUUUGCACUGUCAAAGCAGAUUUGUACUGGGAUCUUACUGCACAAUUAUAACGUCCAAACUCUGUAAAAUUCACUGCUUCGGUUUCUGCCAGAUGGACAUAACAGAGCACAGUGAAUUCUGCUCCACUGUAAACCAAUCAUGGCUCCCUGAAGCCAGGAUCUCCUCAAAACUUCUAAAAAGCUACAUUUGUUAUUGCAAUUUCUCAGCCCUUACUUAAUCAAAAAGGUCUUUUUAAGCACAAGCUCAGUAUUAAAACCACACUGCACAAGUUAGACUGUAUUUUUUCCAAUGUUGAGCUUUCACAGCAGUCCGUUCAUUGAAGUUGCCAAAUAGCUGUGGUUAGAGAGGGUAAAAAAAGGCAUUCAAGCUAUUUCCUCUCAACUCCUGAAUGUUCAUAUGAGAGAAUAACAAGUAGAGCUACACUGUAUGUGUAAGACACAAAGAUACAGUAGGUCUCAGUGAAGCACACAUGCAUAAUAAUGUGAAUUUAUUGUGGUUUCUUUUUUAAGAAGGAAGGAAUUGCUCUUUACGGUUAUAUAGAUAGAGACUUGGCACCCAAACAGUUUAUCUUCUAGACAGGCAGGUACUAAUGGUUUUCAGUCAGAGUGCACUGACCCUCUUGUCGGCUGCAGGAUUUACAAGAACCAAGCUGCGUUCAAGACCGUAUAAACUGGUAGAUUUCAUCUGAUCUGAUCCAGUUCGCUUGUCUGUGAAUCAGAAGACCAGGAGUCGAUCCAGAGGUCGGAAAUGCGAUUAAAGAAACGAAAGCUCGCGUAUUGUGUGCAGGACCAAAAACGGUUGUCAUGUUCAUGGUACUUGUGGUAACCAUCAUUUUCCCACCCCCACAGAAGUAUUUUUCACCCUAGGUAAGAGGAUCCCAUUUCAACCGGCAGCAGCAGCAGCAGCAGCAGCACAGCCAUGCUACCUCUUGCCGGCACUUCCAGUUAGGUCCUCAGGCCCCGCUGCCCAUGGACUUCCCCAUGCCCCACCCAGGGCAGCCACAGUCAGGCAUUAACCCCCACCUGGCCCCUCCCGGCCACCAGCAUGGCCCUCCGCUCCACCCGCCCCUCAACUCCCUGCCCGCUCCCCAGUUCCAGGACCUCCCUGCCCCUCCCUUCCUACCUCAGGCAUUACACCAGCAAUACCUCCUCCAGCAGCAGAUCCUCGAGGCCCAGCACCGACACAUCCUGCCACCCUCCAGACGCACCCCAGAGAGAGUUCCUCACCAGCCCCACAGACUGCGGCCCGGCUACGAGUUUGCUCCCCCUCUUCAUGUCCCUCCUCAGCCUGUGGUGCAGCAGCCCCGCUACCUGGCUGAGGGCACAGACUGGGAUCUAAGUGUAGAUGCUGGGUUGCCCCCCCACCAGUAUCACAUCCAUCCGCUGCCGCAGCACUAUCAGCACUACUUGACCUCUCCUAGGAUGCACCACUUCCCUAGAAACAAUGCCUCAACACAAGUGGUUGUCCAUGAGAUCAGAAACUACCCAUAUCCCCAGCUGCACUUGCUGGCUCUGCAGAGCCUCAACCCCUCCCGCCACGCGUCUGCUGUUAGAGAGAGCUAUGAGGAGCUUCUGCAGCUGGAGGACAGGCUGGGCAGUGUAAACCGUGGAGCGGUCCAAACCACCAUAGAGAGAUUCACCUUCCCCCAUAAGUACAAAAAGAGAAUACCCCAGGACCUGAAGAUGUGUCUGGAAGACGAGGAGCUGGACACCGACGAGAAGUGCACCAUCUGUCUGUCAAUGCUGGAGGAUGCAGAGGAUGUCAGGAGAUUACCCUGCAUGCACCUCUUCCACCAGGCGUGUGUGGACCAAUGGCUGGCCACCAGCAGAAAGUGCCCCAUCUGUAGAGUGGACAUUGAGACCCAACUGACCCCCGACAGUUGAUAGCUCCUGUCGUCUCCUGCAGCUUUGGAUCUGGUCUUGUUGAUUCUCCAUUGCCUCCCUCCGGGGGGGGGGGGAAGCUCUGCCAAACACCCCUCUCUUCACCUCUGCAUCACUCAACGAGCCUGCCUUCUGAGACAGCUGUGACAGAGGGAUCAACAAAGCACAUUCACCUACAACACAACGAGGGACGGGGGUUGAUGCAUAUAGAUAGGUGGCUGGACUGAAGGUUGGUUUGAAUGGACUUGCUGGAUGUAAAAGGUAGGAGCGGACACGUAUGGACAGAUGUGCUGAGGCUACACACACACACACAGAUUCUGUCAGAUUGUGCACCCUGUGUACAUUUCUCCAUACAGCCAUCGAGAGAGGACACUCUGACCACCAACCUCCCCAGCUCAGUGUGGCGUAUUAAGGCCAUUUCUCUGCCACUACAUCUAAACCCUUUCCCCCCCCCAGGCCUGUGAAAAAAUCCUUUAAGCUGCACUCUGCCCAAGCCCUCAGCACAUCUGUACAGAACAUUAUCAAAUGAUUAGCAUGAGGUUGUUUGGUGUGAACUCUCGUAGCUGAACGCUUGUGGUGUAAUGGAGUAUAGUACUGAAUAAGUAUUUACAGAGUAACAGUGUUGUGUAGCAAGCAAAAGCCUUUUGUGAAAAAUAAACCUACAGAGAUGUUGGCUCAAAUAAGAGAGAAUAUUCAGCGUGUUAAUUAAUCAUAGACAAUGAGGAAAGAGCUAGUUGUGUAAAAAGGCCAAAAAUCCCUCUUUCUCGUCUAACAUGGUUUUGGAUUUACAGUUAGUAGAUGCCAUCAGAGUUGAUGCAAAAACCCGCUAACUGCAGGCAUGGCUUCCAGUGAUCUGUGUAGUGUUGUAGUCGGGCCUCUUUUAUCUAGAGCAGAGGCCUCAGAUGUGCAUGCUGUAUGGCAGGCUUGGGCUGUGUCGUUAAUAUUGUGGAGCAGUAGAAACAGGGACUGUGUGUCUGUGCAUGUGAACCGUAUACUAUGACUCUGAUGAUCCCACUCAUUCAUAGAGGAGGACAAGAAUGCACCUAAUACCCCUUCCCUACACCCCCUCUCCCUCCCCCCCACUCAUCCCGAGUAGACCAAAGUUGCCCUUAGACACUGAUCUCAGACCAAUGUAGCAUUUCUCUCCUGACGUUUAGGAUUCAAAGCGCUGCUAAGUAGAUCCGUGUCUAACUGCAACUCCUCUCUGUUGCCUCGCUCAUGGCAUGAUCAUAUGACAUGAGAGGCCGGCAUGGGCUUGAGGAUGCAGUGCCUGAGGUCUUGCCAUCAGAGUGAAUCAAAAUCUGACAUUUGUAUUACCUAUUACCAGAACCUUAUUGCCUAUCAAACAAGCACAUGUGAUUUCUAUAUACAGUGAAUCGCCUCUGUUGUGUAUCGGCCUCCUUUUCAUUUCAAUCUAAGUUGCUCCCACUGUUAUGAUAAAAAAGACUGUGUCUGGUGUUACAGGGAAAAUACAAACUAGUUUGCCUGUGAUAUGUGCUAGAAUGUGUAUGAUUGUCCCCACCCCCCCCUCUCCCAUGGUAGUAGUGUAUGGUAUUGCUAGAACAACUGUGAUACGUUCAGUGAUAGAAGCCGUUUUCUCUAUAUCAUGCAUGAACCAUGUCGGCGUAGUUCACUUGAAGGAGGGUGAAAGGGAGAAAAAGCCAUCCAUUUGAAAAAUACCAAACAAUCGUUCUUAACAUUAAUUUUAUUUUCAAAUGUCUCUUUUUCUGCCAUUUUUCUUUUUCUUCUUACUUGUAUUUUUUUUUUUUUUUUUUUGCUCACAUGCCAAUUUGGACAUGGUACUAAUAUGCCGAGUCCUUGUCCAUUUUAACCAUAGUGAAGAAAAAGCUGCAAUGCUGCAAAAACAUAUUUAUUGUUGUUAUAAUGUAGCUUGUGUUUUGUAAAUGCACUAUAAUAUGGAGUUGCCUGAUUUUUUGGUUUGGUGGUGUGGGUUCUUCUUGUCCUAGAUUUUGUGUUUCUAUUCAGUUCUGAGUAUUUUCAUGCUUCCUUGUGUAUUAUUGGAGGGUAACUUGACUGUUUGUGUUGCGUUUGUUUUUUUCUUUUCGUAUGAAAACCUCCAUCCAAAAAACUACAGAUGGAUGAAAAUGGAGGUUUUGCUAGUUCACAUAGAAUGCUGUGAUUAAAGAUGCCUUAAGUAUUUAACAAUCAUUAUUUAUUACUAACUGUAGCUAGCUAGCUAUCGUGGUGGAAUAUUUAAUGUCUCUAUCUCAUAACUUUGCAAUUUAAUCAAUAUAUUUAUUUAAAAUAACACAAAAUAUAAAAAAAAGAAUACCUCAUUAUGCAUUGGUCGGUGGGGAUGCUUUUGCAUGCCGUCUGUGUUUUCUUUUUCAAAGGAGAAAAAAAGAAACCUGUUGAAAAAUUGACUUGGGGGUGUUUUCCCAACACAUUUUCUAGCCAGCAUGGUGCUGUUGAUCUGGAUUACAUUCCAUUCAUGCCACCUCUUGAUUUUACUAUUAAAUCUGUUCAUUUCUUAAACAUCACCCCUGCUUUGAUCUGAAGCAGACGACGGGGUACAGCCCCUUUUUGUCUUAGUACGGCUCCACAAUUAGCUUGCUUUUGUUAUAUUAUACGGCUUCGUUUCCCAUAAUCAGUCAUAAUUGAUUUAAUUUUUAAUAUUAGUUUUAUUUUGACCAUGUUCAUGAUACUCCCAUCAUAUCUGGAUCUCAAUUUAGUGCUUAUUAUUUAAGGACCCACAUAAUGAGCUGUAUUAUUUGUCCUUAUGUAUCGCUGGCAAUUGCUUUGUGUGGGAUUUUGGGAAGUAUCUAACAUGCUAACUUGAGCCAUUGGUCUUAUUGAGCAAAUUUCUGGUGUACUGUGGUUAUACAAUAUAGAUAGCGUGUUUUACACCUGGGUAUAAUAAGCUAACUACGUUUUCGGUGUGCAUUUCUUAUUAAUACUCUACUAAUCCUGCAAAUUAUUAUAACAUUUAUUGGAUUGGAAUGAAGCUGGCUGGUCUUAUUAUUAUUAUUAUUUCAUUUCGUGCUCUCACUGGCCUUACCCCACGUCCUCCACAGUGUACCCCAUUACUCCAGAGCGAACUGGACAGUAGCCAUAGUAUUAACUCAAGCUGAUGAACCGGAAUGAACAGUAGAACUUAAAGCACAAGCUUUUUAAUGCAUGUCCUUCUCAGGUUUUCCUAUGUGUAUGUGGGAGUAGCUCUGUAGAUGUGUUUAAUAUGAUGCUGUACCUUCUUGAAUAUUUCAGAUGUUUCUUUGCUGCUGAAAAAAUGUUGAUUAUUAACCUGCCAGUGAAAAAGGGAAGUGGCCAUCUUUGUACAACACACUGCUGUUUUGCUGUAACCGCGCAAUGUUUUAUGAUCUUGAGUAUUUUAUAGAAAAGUAGAAGUAUGUAUCAAUAAUAUGAAAGCAAUAGCUAAAUCAUAAUGAAGAAUAACAUGAUCAGUGAAUAUUGUGGAAAAUCUUUAGAUUCACUCUGGGUGGAUUUUGUACUGUAUUUAUUACUAAUGAUGAUGCAAAAAGUUGCAUAGCUUAACCCAAACUGUUCUGUCUCUUUUUUAUUUAUUGUCUUGUAUAUGAUCUUUUUGUAUGUGUUUUUCAAAUAAACUGCCUAAAAUGCUGAGAACUCAUCUAA